AUGCACCUCCUGACGCUGGGCCGGCUGGCCAUCCUCCUCGCGCCCGCCCUCGUCCUCGCCCUCCCCACCCCCAAGGACGCCAAGUUCUUCAACCCGUCCGACGACCCCUUCGUCACGGACCUGGGCAAGAAGACGGGCAGGAUCGGCAUCGACAUCGUGGACCCCAGCGCCCUGCGCGUCGACCCUGUUCGCGUGUUUGAGAACAUCGCGCGGUCUCCGAGCGAGACGGCGUGGCUCACGAAGCGGCGCGACGCCGCCCCGCUGGAGGAGAGGGAGAAAGAGGAGUCGGCGGCCGCGGGUACGGCGAUGGACGAGGGGAAGGAGGACAUCAGGGCCUCGAGGCGCGCGCACGUCCAGGUCGACCCGGUAGAGGUGGACGUGCCCGUUGUCCGGCCGUCGCCGAUGGUCAUGCCGGCGCACGCGCGGCAGCCGCAGGACACCGGCCCGACGGGAGACAUGCCCAAAUUCAGACCCGUGUAUGACGUCGGGGAGUGGUGUUACCUGGCGGGACUGUCGCUGUCGCAAACGUUCGGUAUCGUUCGAGGAUGGAGAGGAGGCGCAUGA